CACAUGCGCACCUGGGGCGGGCGGCGGCGGCGGCGGCGAGGGCACCCCGAGCCCCAGGCAGGGAGCGGGGCCGGGCUGGGGCGGGGUUAGGCAGGUGAGUGACAGGCUCCGGGGGGCCGGCCCCAGCUGGCAGCCCCGAGCUCGCCAGAGUAGCUGCGGCGGUAACCGCCCCCUCUCUCCGCCCCUCCGGCGCGGGGAGCUGGUCUCCGGCCGGGCACCGUCGCGGGCCCCCCUGGCCCGGCCACCUGGGACUGUGGCAGGGGAGCCGGCCACCUCGCUCUCUCCCCUCGCCCACAAAGUUUGUGGCGGAGCCGGCGCCGGGGCCGAGCGCGCCCCCCGGGGGGAGGUCGGGGAGCGCCCGAUGCCGGGAGCCGGGAGCCGUUGACCCGGGACGCCGCGGUCCGGGGCCGGAGGAGCGGAGCAGUCGACCCUCCCCGCCGCCUCCGGUGCAUGGGGCCCGGCUGAGGACCCAGCAUGGGCAACUGCGUGGGGAGACAGCGACGGGAGAGGCCGGCCGCCCCGGGACACCCCCGCAAGCGAGCAGGCCGCAAUGAGCCCCUGAAGAAGGAGCGGCUGAAAUGGAAGAGUGACUACCCCAUGACUGACGGGCAGCUGCGGAGCAAACGGGACGAGUUCUGGGACACGGCGCCCGCCUUCGAGGGCCGCAAGGAGAUCUGGGAUGCCCUCAAAGCCGCCGCCUAUGCCGCCGAGGCCAAUGACCACGAGCUGGCCCAGGCCAUCCUGGACGGUGCCAGCAUCACCCUGCCUCAUGGCACCCUCUGCGAGUGCUACGACGAGCUGGGCAACCGCUACCAGCUGCCCAUCUACUGCCUGUCGCCGCCCGUGAACCUGCUGCUGGAGCGUGCCGAGGAGGAGAGCCUGGAGCCCCCCGAGCCCGCGCCCAGCGUGCGCCGUGAGUUCCCGCUCAAGGUGCGGCUCUCCACGGGCAAGGACGUGAGGCUCAGCGCCAGCCUGCCCGACACGGUGGGCCAGCUCAAGCGGCAGCUGCACACGCAGGAGGGCAUCGAGCCAUCCUGGCAGCGGUGGUUCUUCUCCGGCAAGCUCCUCACAGACCGCACUCGGCUCCAGGAAACCAAGAUCCAGAAAGACUUUGUCAUCCAGGUCAUCAUCAACCAGCCCCCACCGCCCCAGGACUGAGGAGCCUGAGGACCCUGGGACGAGGGGCACUGGGCCUCCCCCGGCCCACCGCUGCCCUCCAGGGGCUCCUCCCUGCCUGCCCAGUGGCUGCUGGGCGAGGGGCCCUCCCCGAUGCCCCCCCUAGCACCCCGGAAGCAGUGCUGCCACACACAGGCCUCGCCAACCUUGUGAGAGCGACAUCGGCCGGGGCCCUCCCUCGCCUCCCACCUUCCCCCAAGGCGGCGGGUUCGAGCCACGAGGGCCGCCCCGAGGCUGGUGCUGCUGCCCAGAUCACUCCGGUUUUCUGCUCAGGGUCUGAAGCAGCUGCUGUCUCCCUCCCCCGCCCCCCUGCCUCGGCCUUGGGCAGCCCAUUCCUGGGCCCGGUGCCAGUCCCUCAGAGGGCAGGGGACUGCCACAGGCCCCAGGAACCAGCGGCCCAGGGCUGCGCUCUGCCUCUUCCUGCCCCCAGCACAAUUGGCAGAAGGGAGGCAGGUGGCCAGAGGGGCGGCCGAUGUGGCAGGGGUCUGCCGGGGCCAUCUCGUGACUGUGACCCCAGCAAUGGCCUCCCGGCAGGUCCCUGCAUACAA